AUGAUGUUCCCAAAACUUGGAUUUGGAAUUGUUUCAAGCAUUGAGAGUAUCAGUCACAGUAUCAGGGCUAUUUCCAGAAUUUCUACAAUGGAAGAAGAAGCAGUUUGUUUUGAGAUGCCAAUGGAAGGAGAAGUGGCUGAAGAGAGUCCGUCAACGAAAAACGAAUUGAAGAGAGACCGUCUGUGCAUUGGAGAAGAUAAUGUAGAAGGAGAGCUUUAUUCCAGCAAGAGACAGGCGAAGGAGGCUUCAAACGACGACAUCAGGUCGGAAAUAUCGAACCCCGUCGCGUCUCCGGUGGAUAAUACUUCCAGUUUUCGGGAUAUCACUAGCCACCCGGCUAAAUCGAGCUCAGGUGAUCGCGUUGGGUCUUGUUCCGGCAGUGAUUCCGGUUCCGACGAGACUGUAAGCGAUGAGAAACUGGGUGAGUACGGCGAUGCGGUGACGUCUAGCUUUGUAUUGGAGAUUCCGAAGCAUCUUAGCACAACCGGGAUUACGAAAAUCACGUUUAAGCUCAGUAAACCAAAGGAGGAGGAUUUCUGUGACUUGCCCAUGAUCAAGGAGGCUGCUUCUUCGACUUUAGGUGUGAAAAUGUCGAAGAAGAUCGUCUCUGUGACUAGCUUCACUAAUGUGAAGUCGCUAUUGUUGACGGGUAUUCUUGAUGGUGCUCGGGUGAAGUACAUUUCAAGCUCACCUGUGAGAAAGCUUGACGGGAUAAUCUACUCGGGUGGGUAUUUGUGUGGCUGUACUGCGUGCAAUUUCACGAAAGUUCUAGGUGCCUAUGAGUUCGAGAAGCAUGCUGAUAGAAAAACGAAGCACCCUAAUAAUCACAUAUUUUUGGAGAAUGGAAGGUCGGUUUAUAACGUGAUUCAGGAGCUGAAGAUUGCUCCUGUUGAUGUUCUUGAGGAGGUGAUUAGGAAAGUGGCGGGUUCUUCUCUGAGUGAGGAGGGCUUUCAGGCUUGGAAAGAAAUUUUCCAGCAGGAUAGUGACAUGGUUGAAGAUGAUCGGAAUCAUACCGAGGAGAAUUCGUUUCAAUCCCUUGCCAGUUAUCCUGGUUCUGGUCGAUUUCUUGAUGAGAGUCAAAGCUCUACUCCAUGUUUCCCAGAGAACAAUUAUUUUAAAAAGAAAAAAUGUGCUAAGGUCGCACUAGGCGAACAAAAGCCAAAAGCAAAGAGGCUUAGCUCUCAUAUGUUUGGUUCGGGUUGCUAUAAGAAAGUUUCUGAAGGCGGCAAUAAGAAGAGGGACAAUGAUUUACACCGUUUGCUGUUUUUGCCAAAUGGGCUACCAGAUGGGACUGAAUUGGCUUACUAUAUGAAAGGACAGAAACUACUGCAGGGUUACAAGCAAGGAAAUGGUAUAGUAUGUAGCUGCUGCGACAGAGAGAUUAGCCCUUCACAAUUCGAAUCGCAUGCUGGAAUGGCUAUUAGGCGACAACCUUAUCGUCAUAUAUGUGUACCUUCCGGAUUGUCGUUGCAUGACAUAGCCCUAUCGUUGGCGGAUGGCCAUGUCAUUACAACUGGUGACAGUGAUGACAUGUGUUCUAUUUGUGGCGAUGGUGGAGAUUUGCUACUCUGUGCUGGAUGUCCUCAAGCUUUUCAUACAGGUGGGCUUGCGCCAUGCUUGAAAUUUCAGUCUAUGCCUGAAGGUACUUGGUACUGUUCAAACUGCAAUGAUGGAUCGAUCUCUAGUAAAACGGCCAUUGCUACUGAUCCUAAUUUGAAACCGAUAGUUAUAAGACUGACAAGAGUUGUUAAAGCACCAGAAAGUGAAAUUGGUGGUUGCGUGUUCUGCAGGUCCCAUGAUUUUAGUGUUGGGAAGUUUGAUGAUAGGACAGUUAUUCUCUGUGACCAGUGUGAGAAAGAGUACCACGUCGGCUGUCUCAGGGAGAAUGAGCUUUGUGAUUUGAAAGGAAUCCCCCAAGAUAAAUGGUUCUGCUGUAGUGACUGCAGCAGGAUUCACACGGCUCUUCAGAGUUCUGUAUCCUGUGGGCCACAAACCAUUCCCACGCUUUUGCUAGAUACGAUAAGCAGAAAAUACAGAGAAAAAGGAAUAUAUACCGAGAAUGGAGAUACUGUGGAAUGGAUGAUGCUUAGUGGAAAAAGUCGAUACCCAGAGCAAGUACACUUGCUUUCACGUGCGUCUGCUAUUUUCAAGGAGUGUUUCGAUCCCAUAGUGGCAAAGUCUGGUCGUGAUCUUAUUCCUGUCAUGGUCUAUGGGAGAAAUAUAUCAGGCCAGGAGUUUGGAGGAAUGUACUGUUUGGUCCUGAUGGUGAAUUCUCUUGUUGUUUCUGCUGCGCUGCUUAGGAUCUUUGGUCAGAAAGUUGCUGAGCUUCCUAUUGUAGCUACAAGCCGAGAGUAUCAAGGAAGGGGUUACUUUCAAGGGCUGUUUGCUUGCGUUGAGAAUCUUCUUUCUUCUCUGAACGUUGAGAACUUGCUUCUACCAGCAGCUGAGGAAGCCGAGUCUAUCUGGACAAAGAAAUUUGGCUUCACAAAGAUGACUGAACAGCAAAAUUACCAGAGAGAAGUGCAACUUACAAUAUUCAAUGGAACAUCGAUGCUGGAGAAGAAAGUGCCGAGAUUUUCGGAAUCAACUCCACUCAUCUGA